AUGAAGACUAUCUUUGUAUCAUUCUUCACUCUGCUAAUUGUGUUUGUCUUCACAGUUACUGCCACAAAGUCAUCAAAAGGCUUAACUUGUGAGCAGGAAAAAGCCUUAGCGAAGCAAUGCUUAGAUUAUCUAACCAAGAAAAGUGAUGCCCCUUCAACUUCUUACUGCUAUGGGAUGAAACAAAUCAUAUUUUCAUCACCUAUGAAGGAAGAAAAACGUGUUGCUUGUAAGUGUCUAAAGGAAUCAGGCUCUCAGGUUCCUAACCUAGAUAAAGACAAAGACAAUAAUCUUUGCAAAGAGUGCAAAAUCAUGUCCAAUGACUUGAAUUGCCAAAAGUAA